UGUUAGUUACCUCUUCUCUAAUUCUCUCUGAGUCGAUUAGUGUGUUUGCUUCGUUAUUCUACGACUCUGAGUUUUUAUUUGACUACUUAGUUGUUUGAGAGGGAGCCACCAUGGGGAGAAAGGCUGGGAAUUUGUACAUAAACCCGAAAAAGCUGGGGAAUAUGGCAAAACCGUGUAUGAAGGAAAUGGUAUCGUUCCUCAACUGUAUGGCGCUUAACCAUAUCAAAGAUGAUAAGUGCGAGAAACAGAAGCAACUCCUGAGUGUUUGUAUGCACGGCCAG